AUGGCGUCAAAUACAGAACUCUCCUCAAAGCCGAAGAUAGACCUCUCACAGAAGUUAUCACAACUCAGAGCCGCAAAACAGGGGAAGUCUGGAAGUUCCAGAGAUCCAGCUCCGGUCACCCCUCAGCUACCGGAUCUACCAGACCUAUCCCUCAACAAAUAUUCUCACCCUGUCCGUCGAAUUCUCACGAGGAGAGAUCUUGAGACAUUUCGGUCGUCCCCAACCUAUACCCUCGUUCUCGCCUUCAUCUUCGGUCUCUCGGACUCAGUGCGGGGCCGCGUCGCUUCCUCUGCAGAAACAAACACCUCGUCACCCAAUAUCUCCAAGAUCCUUUCAAUAGUCGAUAAUGUCCGGACUCUCGUCGAGAAAAAUCCAUCUAUCGAUCAAGGCGGCUCUCGAUUUGGUAACCCCGCUUUCCGCGACUUAUUCGAUGAUGUUGCCACUCAAAGCACAGCAUGGCACCGAGAUAUCCUGGGAAUAAACGACGAAACGGCCAUUGAAGAGAUAUCUACAUACCUGAUUCACUCUCUAGGAUCGAGGGACAGACUUGACUAUGGCUCGGGGCACGAGCUGAAUUUCAUGAUGUGGCUGCUCUGUCUGCGACAGCUGGGUAUAUUUACAAGGGCGGAUUUUGAGGCUGUCGUAUUCCACGUAUAUGUCCGCUACAUGCACCUCAUGCGGGAUGUUCAGUCCACAUAUUAUCUCGAGCCUGCCGGCUCGCAUGGUGUCUGGGGCUUAGACGACUAUCACUUCCUGCCAUUCCUGUUUGGUGCGGCGCAGCUUGUUGGACACCCAUAUAUUACGCCCUUGGCCAUUCACAAUACUGCCAUCUUGGAUGAGGAGGGCGAUCGAUACCUCUAUCUUGACCAGGUGCGGUGGGUCGACAGUGUCAAGACGGUGAAGGGUCUUCGGUGGCACAGUCCCAUGCUGGAUGAUAUCUCUGGGGCCAAGAACUGGAUCAAGAUCGAGAGCGGGAUGAAGAAGAUGUUCGUCAAUGAAGUUCUCGGUAAGCUGCCCAUUAUGCAGCACUUCCUGUUUGGGAGUUUGCUUCCCGCGGAGACGGGUAUGGGUGAACUGGCAGACGAGGACGAUGGACACGAUCAUGAGCACGGUGAUGGCAACGUGCACGAUCAUAGCAAACAUACGGAUUACUUUGGCGAUUGCUGUGGAAUCAAGGUUCCGAGUACUGUUGCUGCUGGGGCAGAAAUGCGGAAACGGAUGGGCGGAAACUCGAGUCUGCGGCCCAUCCCCUUCGAUUAA